GCGAUCGAUAUUCUACUAUGUUUUUGACAGAUCUCUCAUCUACCAUGGGAUCUGGUAUUCAUUACCCAAAUUGCUCAGUUUGUGGAUAUGUUUGUGCUGGCCAGUGACCACGCCUUGGUAGCCAAACUGGCACGUGCUUUCCUGGAUGUUGAUCAUAUUUAACUUUCAAAUUCUAACAUGAUGGUUAACGUUCAACGGCUGAUCCCACGGAAGCAAUUCGCGUGCAUUCUAUUGUUUCCGCGCGUCGUGCGCUUAUCUCCAUGUCUGUCAGUACUCCACCUUUUCCAAUGCGUGUCUCCACUCUUUGAUUUUUCUCCUAAUUAUACUCCUGUUCUUUACCACCAAGGCUUCCGCCUGCUCCUCAUUGUUGGUAUCCAAAACGCUACUCCUCGUGCUUCGGAGCCACGUAAUAUACAGACAUCUCUUACUGUAAUUCACGGUAAACGUCCGAAGGUGAACGGAUCGCUUGUAUAAAUUUAAGCACCAGGUCACUACAUGUUCAGAAUCACCUUGGACAAGGAAUGGCGAUUUCAGAUCAAGACAG